ACCCUAUACUUGGCUUCUGCCAACUUUUUGUGGGGCGACAAACAACAAGAGCAGAUGCCUGCUUGUCCUGAACAAGAGAAUCAAGAACAAGAGCAACAAGAACAAGAACAAGAGCAGCAAGAACAAGACGAACAACAAGAGCAGAUGCCUGCUCGUCCUGAACAACGGAAUCAAGUUCAUGACCAAGCGCGACAGGGUGUACAACAGGAUGGGGUCCAAAACUUUCUAGAGUUUACGCUUCAGCAACAGCACGCUUGGCUCCAAGCACAAUGUGACUGGUGCUUUGCAGUUGCGGACCACUUUCAACCAAUGACAUACACAACAGUUGAAAUCGCGUUCAGCACAGUAACAAGCACUCAAGGAUAG